ACAGGAAGCUAUCGCUGGAAAAGAAAAAACUUCGGAAGAAGAUUCAUCGAAUGCAACGCAGGGUCACUGCGAUAUCAAGGGAUCUUCACAUCCUUAGUUCUCACCCCGGAGAGUGGAUUGAGCUCGGAAUCUCUGAUUUUGCUCGCAUCCCGGAUUGUAUGAUGCCAGUUCUUGACCUCGCAGGUCAAGGAGUUCAAGUGUUUUGUUCUCCGGGAGGGUUUUCCUAACUCGAAGUGUGCGAAGAUCGACACUUUGUCUUGUUCGUUUGAAUAAAUGUUUUGCUUCCAG